AUGUCAGAACAAUUUGACUGGGAGGAUGAUUUUCUUCUAUCCCAGCAUUUGGAUCAUUCUGUUUCCUAUGGAACAUCGAAUGCCGCCAUCAUCAAUGAUACGAGUAACAGCGGAAUGGAGGAAUUUCGAUUGCCUAUUUCAUCUGCAACUUAUUAUGAUAACUUAUCUUCUGAUACAACCCAAUCAUCAUAUAUUGAUAUUUCAAAUAAUCAUUUGGAAGAUUUUGAUCAGAUGAGGCCGACAAUUACACCGUUGCAACACAGUUCAUCAACAUUUAUUCAGAAUUCAACGGAUGACUUCGCGCCACUUUCUAUUGCCGAUAGCAGUUCAAAUAGUGCUGCAAAUCUCGAUGUCAUCUUCAAUAUUCCUACUUCAGUUUCAACGUCAUCUGAUGUCACAGAUACUCAUACUUCUACUGCAAUGCCACUUAUAGAUGCACUAAUUUUGCCUAAUUCGCAGCAAAUUCUGUUAAGCAAUGACACAAUAGGAUGCCGAGCAGCAGUAAUAGAGAACACAGUGGACAGAACUAUUGUGAAUCCACUGUUGACAUCUUCCAGUGCUUCGGUAGAAUAUCGAUAUUUGAAACGACCAAAUGAUAGUGGAAGUGAAUCGUUGGAACAUUGCAACGAAUUGGAUGUAAAACGAUCAACAAGGAAUGAAAUGUUUGAAACGAAUUUCAAUGAACAACACUUAUCAUCAAAUCCAAUGCAACAACAACCACAACCAUCGGUUUCAUAUCCAACAAAUCAGAUGUCAGAAUUUGCACCAUAUGUUGAUGAAAUGUCUAACAAUAUGCACUCAGGUGAAACGUCAACCAAUAAUGCUCCUUCAUAUGGCUCCAAAUUUCAUCUCUGUAAUAUGAUUCAGCCGUUCCCAGUUACCGAUUCUCUUGUGACAACAUCAGAAACCAAUCAAGAGGACGAAGGAAAAGUAUUUCAAGAACUGAAAUCGUAUUCAGAUCUCAGUUCCUCUGCUGCAACAAGCAGUACUGAGCAACAAAUAACAUAUACUAUGCCAGCUGGAUUUCAUGAACAACAAUUAUCACGACAAUUAGUUUCGAAUUUUAGCAUUCCCAUGAAGAGAAAUCAUUUAGUGAAUAGACGGUAUCAAGUUUUACCUGCUACAUCUCAGCUUAGUCCAUCACUGCAUACGAAGAAGGAUGAUCAGGAAAGCCGCAAAAAUCCUUUGAUGUAUUCAAAUGAAGAAAAUAGUAAUUUAUGUGCCGUAUGUGGCGAUAAAGCUUCGGGGAAUCAUUACGGUGUAUUAAGUUGUGAAGGAUGCAAAGGUUUUUUUCGAAGAAAUAUCCAGAAAAAAAUGAUAUACACAUGCUAUAAUGGUGGUAAUUGUAUAGUGAAUGUGGAAAACCGAAACAAAUGUCAACCUUGUCGACUGAAGAAAUGUCUUAGUGUAGGCAUGCGUCCAUUAUCGAAAAAAAGAUGGAAUGGAAGAAAUGAAAAUGCUGUAAACAAUAACUAA